AUGGGAAUUGUAAUACUCUUUGGCGAAUGGCGAAUCGACCAGCGGCCUCUAAUCUACGGAGGUGCAGCUCACAGCCGGCGGUAUCUCUUCCACCACCUCACGUUGCACCUCCCAGCCGAACACACAGUGGGAGGUCUACAAUAUCCCCUGGAAACUCAAGCGUUCUACGUGUCGGCUGAGUAUCAGAAUAUGGGGCAGGCGUUGGACGCCUCGCCGAGCGACCCUCAGGCUUUCCUUGCGGUCUCUAAUUUGUAUAAGUAUGCAAACCACACACACAAAGGUCUGGAAGACCUUCUGGCAUCGGCUAAGCAAGUUGGUUGGCGUAACGGGACCCUUUGCGGCAAAUCCCUGAGCUUCUUCAACCCGCCCUUCAAGGAGUAUGCCUGUUACCAAGGAUCUAUGACCGCUCCGCCGUGCACGGAGUCCGUUCUGUGGUUAAUCAGAGGAAGGACCCUGUCUGUAACGAGGAAUACGGUGGAGGAAGCUCAAACAUUGUUAAUCUCAGAGACUGAACCCAAGCACUUGUUCUUCAGAAGUACGCAGCCGUUGAACGACAGAAAAGUUUACCUUUUCAAAUAG